AUGACGUCGUUUUCGCUGCCGGUGAUGGCGGCCGACAGCGAGUUUUGGGGCCCUCCUGCUGGCCCCAGUGCAGCCUCUGUUCUUCCUAAAGAGUUUCAGCAGAUCCCGUACACACCAUUUUCGAAGAGUGACCGCAUCGGACGCAUUGCCGACUGGAACUCGUUCGGCACGAAUGCGGAGGACCGCAGUGGUGCCUCGGCGAAUCCAGGACGCGCGGCACGCAGUGCACGCAGUGCAGCUGCACCUUCCUACCCAGCCGGUGCGCCCGUGAACACGUUCGCGUACUUCCACGGCGAAGAUGAGUCGAGUUUCAGCGUGGUGGACCACGCCCGCUCCGCUCCGCCCCGGCGCUCGGCUGUCAGUGCCGCCGCGCGUGGUGGCCGCGGAGCUGCAACGGGUGGUCGGACAGGUGGCUUCGGUCGAGGCCAGUCUGCGGCGGGAGGCCGUGGAGUGCGUGGCUCGGCGGGUCGUGCGGGUGCCGCUGAUAGCCGCAACCGCCGUCCUGGCUGGCGUGAUUGGGAGCGAUCCCAGCGCAAGACGCGCGAGGCGUCGAUCACUGUUGGCCCCGAUUGGGAGCAGCUGGGUGAGCUCGACUUUGUGCGCAUGGUCAAGCUCCGGAUGGAAGUGGAUGCGCCUGAGGAUGUGGCCUCGUACGGAACGCUGUAUCAGUACGAUCGGUCGUACGACCGGGUGAGUGUGCGCUUUGAGAAGCCGCUGCAGCCGCGUGAUCGUGUGCACUACAACCCGACGACGUCUGAGGACCCAGUGUUCCACGAGCUGGCGACGCAGUCGUCCAAGCCGCAGGUGUUUAUCACAGACUCGAUCCUCGCGCUGCUUAUGUGUGCGCCACGCUCAGUGUACCCAUGGGACGUCGUGGUCACCAAGACGGACGAUGGCCAGCUGUUCUUUGACAAGCGCGCGAAUAGUGCCAUUGACUUUUUGACCGUGAACGAGAAUGCGACCGAGCCGCCCAUGGAGCUGAAUGACCCGGCGAAUGGCCCGACCCCUGAGACGAACACACGCGCUCGGAUUAACACGCCUGGUACUCUGAGCCUCGAGGCCACCUUUGUGAACGAGAACUUUGGCUACCAGGUGUGUGACGAGAGCAAGACGUACAGCUUUGAGCAUGCCAACCCAUUCCACGCCUUGGACGGUGAGGAGGGCAAACUGGCGAGCUGUGGCUACAGGUACCGUCACUUUAACCUCAGCACGGACGAGAACGAUCCCGUCGAUAUGGUCGUGCGCACUGAGCUCAAUGCGUACGUGGCAGGUGCGAGUGACAAGAAACCGCCGUCGCAGCUGAUCACGAUCCGCACGCUCAACGAAUUCGACUCGCGCGCGCCUGGGGCGGGCGGUGCUCCCGACUGGCGCGCACGUCUCGACCAGAGCCGUGGUGCGGUCGUGGCGACGGAAAUGAAGAACAACUCGUUCAAGCUGGCGCGUUUUGCUGUGCAGAGCAUCUUGGCUGGCGCAGACAACAUGAAGCUCGGUUUUAUUUCGCGCAUGAACCCAUUGGAUCCGUAUCGCCACACGAUCCUCGGCACGGCCUGGUUCAAGCCCCGUGAACUCGCGGCACAGAUGGCGUACAACCUGUCGAACGGUUGGGGUAUCGUGCGCACGAUCAUUGAUGUGGUGCGCGCCCAACCCGCUGGUCGCUUCGUGCUGGCCAAGGACCCGAACAAGCAGGUCGUGCGCUUCUUCAAGGUGCCCUGGGACUUUGACCAGCAAGACGAGGAGGAGGAGCCAGAGGAAGAGGAGGAAGAAGAGGCUCAGGAGGAGGAAUAG